AUGGACAGACAAAAACAGCAGUUACUGUCAGAACUUUCUGAUGCAUUGCUUUUCAUAAUCUGUUACCAAGUUAGCAAGUGGGCGCAUGUGGAUAAGCUGUUAGCUGAAACAAUCUUAGCUGGAGAAUAUUUAGCUUUGUUUGAAGCUGUAAAAUUAAGAGUCCAGAAUGUACUACAACAAAGUAACGAUGUAGUUAGUGCUCAUUCUGGAUCUUGCUGUAACAAUGCUAGUAAGAAGAAAUUUAAGCUCCCUAAAAUUGAGAUCAAAAAGUUUGAUGGAGAAUUGAUCAAUUGGCUACCUUUCUGGAGUCAGUUUAGCAAAAUUCAUAGUGACUCAGACAUUGAUUCAGAAGAUAAGUUUCAAUAUUUAUUGCAAUCCAUAGUUACCGGAUCAAGAGCUUUUGAUGUAGUUCAGAGUUUUCCUCCAACUGGUGCAAACUAUCCAAAAGCAAUUGAAUGUUUGAAAGCCAGAUUUGGUAAAGAUGACCUAUUGGUAGAGGUUUAUGUCAGGGAACUCUUGAAAAUUGUUUUACAAAAUGCUCUAGGAGGCAAGAACACAAUGAACUUACAAAGUUUAUAUGACAAACUUGAGUCUCAUAUGCGUGCAUUAGAUACCUUGGGAGUUACAACAGAUAAAUGUUCCUCCAUGUUAUACCCGUUAGUUGAAAGUUGUAUGCCUGAAGAUCUCUUAAGGGCGUGGCAAAGAAGCCCUUUGAAAGUAGGUACAGACCCUCAGGAAAGACUCAACAAUUUAAUGAAGUUUAUGUUGUCUGAAGUUGAAGGGGAACAGAGAAUCGGUCUAGCCAUGGCAGGUUUUGGGAUAAGUAGCUCUGGGAAGGAGAAAUCUUUUAAAAGGUCACCUCAAACUCAACCAGGUAAGAUAGACAUACCAACAGCUUCAUGCCUCAUGUCCUCUGGUAAAACUCAAAACUCUUAUACAAAGUGUGUCUUUUGUGAUAAGAAUCAUAAGAGUAGUAACUGUUUUGCUGCUCAGAAAUUGCCAUUGUCUCAUAAGGUGUCCACUUUAAAGGAAAAGAGGUGCUGUUUCCUUUGCUUGCAGCCUGGUCACCGUAUUAAGAAUUGUAGAGCUCAUUUGUCAUGUUCUAAUUGUAAAAGGAAACAUUAUCCUAUAAUGUGUCCUAGUAUUCAUUCCAAAGAAGUAGUGAAUGAGUGUGUAAGCAAAUGUGUUGAUGAGGUAUCUAAAGAAAUUACAGUAGUGGAAGAUACCGCUUUGGCCAAUAAAUCAAGUAGCAGAGUGAAAGUGUUUCUGCAAACAGUAAGGGCAAGAUUAAGAACCCCAGGUAGUAAUCAAUUUGAGACUGUUCGCAUUCUUUUUGAUUCUGGUUCACAGCGUUCUUACAUUUUAAAGGACUUGGCUGAAAAAAUGAAUUACGAAAGCUUAGGAGAAGAAACAAUCAUACACUCUCUUUUUGGUAAUGUCAAAUCUGGUGAAGUAAUUCAUAACAGACAUCGUGUGUUUCUAACCAGUCAAGAUUACAGUUACAACUGCAACUUUGAGGUAUUGAGUCAAACUACCAUAUGUGGGGAAAUUCCACCUGUUACCGAAGGUCCCUGGAUACAGGAACUUUUAGAGAAAAAUGUUUCUCUGACUGACAUACAUGAGACCGAGCUACCAAUUGGUAUUUUGAUUGGAGCGGAUAUAGUGGGUAAACUAUUCACGAGAAAUAUGAUUCAACUGAAAUCUGGACUAGUGGCUAUGGAAAUUCUGGGAUGGACACUGAUGGGUAAGGCUAUAAGUAGUGGUAGUACAGGUUCAACUACACUCUCCACUGUUGUAACAUCAAUGUUUAUUAAUGAUGCUGACAUAUCGGAACUGUGGAGAUUAGACACUAUAGGCAUUACUGAUACAAGUGAAUCAGUUUCCAAAGAGCAAAAGGCUUUGGCAGUUAAAAAGCAUUUUAUAAAAACUACCACUAUAAAUGAAGAAGGUCGAUAUGAAGUAAGUUUGCCCUGGGUUGAUUGUCAUCCUCCUUUGCCUAGUAACAGAGAGUUAGCCGAAAAGAGGUUAUCAACAGUUGUAAAGAAAUUGGAUGGUAACAAUUUAACCGAAGACUAUGACUCAGUUUUUAAACAGUGGUUAAGUGAUGGCAUCAUUGAAGCUGUACCUUCUGACGAUUUGAACAACAACUUUCACUACCUGCCACAUAGACCUGUAGUGAAGGAGAGUAGUAUUACCACACGAAUUCGUCCAGUGUUUGAUGCAUCAGCAAAGACCAAGUUUUCACCCUCAUUGAACGACUGUAUUGAAAAUGGACCAAAUUUAAUUGAACUGAUUCCUUCUGUUAUGAUGCGUUUUAGGGAAGGGAAGUUUGGAGUUAUUGCUGAUAUAGCAAAAGCCUUCUUACAGAUAUCGUUAAAUGUACAAGAUAGAGAUUUUCUUCGGUUUUUAUGGUUUGACAUCAAUGAAAGAAGCCGAAGUAUUGUUUACCGCCAUAAAAGAGUUGUUUUUGGAGUGAAAUGUAGUCCAUUUCUUCUAGGGGCAGUAAUUGAUCUGCAUCUUCAAAAAUCUAUGACUUCUCAGGAGUUUGAUGAUAAUGUGGUAAAGAAGCUGAGUAAAAGUUUUUACGUGGACAAUGUUUCGACCAGUGUAGAUACUUAUGAGGAACUAAAACACUUUGUUGAAGAAUCGAAACAAGUUAUGGCUGCCGCUAAGUUUGAUUUAAGAGGAUGGCAUGCCACGAGCGUCAUUGAAGAAGGAGAUAACAAGUUCGUCACUAAUGUUUUGGGAGUUCAAUGGAACUAUAUUGAGGACGUUCUGUUUUUUAACCUGACGAACUGUAUUAAAGAUUUGGACGUGUCUCGAAUCACAAAGAGAGACAUUUUAUCCAUAUCUCACAAGAUCUUUGAUCCAAUUGGUAUCCUUUGCCCUGUUACUUUGUUUCCUAAACUUCUUCUGCAAAGUAUGUGGGACUUGAAAAUUGACUGGGACACUGAAGCUGCCAAACUCAGAGAAGAAGUCGACGAAGCGUAA